CAUGGAACAAAACUUGCUCUCUAGCGUAAUGUGGCUUUUUGUGGAUAAAUCACCUGAAACUAAAGCUUGAGGUGUAGUACUGCUCCAUGACUGAACCUUGACCCCAGGUAACCCCUCCCAGCUGUCAACUGCAGAAUUGCUCACAGCCACAUGAGUCCUCCCUCUCCUCUCUCUCUGCCCUCCUGUGCAUGUCCUGACAUGCCGAGAAACAUCAAGGGAGGGAGGAGACAAAAAAGAAAACAAGAAAAACCAGAGAGCAGGAGAGACAGUGAUACAGCGAGAGGGAGGUGUGAGGUAUGAGGGUUGUAAGGAGCUGAGGGCGUGAGAAAGGAACAAGGAAUUUCAUGCUAAAGCUGCAGUUUGGUAUCGGUGCUUGAAAUCUUAAGAGAAGCAAGACAGAAAUUGAGAGGAGGGAAGACUGUAGCUGGAACUGGAAGACGGAGGACAACUCAGGCAGGGGAGGGCUUCACGAUCUCCAGGAUGGAAGCAUGAUGAAUGAUGGUGGUAACCAUGGAUCCUCCUCUUCGCUUUGGCGUUUUAAAUUAAGCAAAAACAAACCAUGAAAAAUGCAAAUAAAGAAAAGGUAGGGAUGAAGCAUUAGCUGACUUAACCUUUCUCCAGCUCCCGUUCCUGUCAGCCAUACACCUCAAGACCUGCAGGGGAAGGACAGCUGCUGAUAAUAAUCACCUGAUGCAACACUUUCAGGAACUGUCAGCGUGAGGAAAUAUUCUGGCAUUGCCCAGAGCUGCCACAAACCAGAGGCGUCAUCAGCUGCAGCUCAACCUAAAUAUAAAGAACAAAAUUGCUGUAGGAGCAUGGGACGUGGAGUUCAGAGCAUUGAGUUGUCCCCUGGAUAUCAGACCCUCAGGAACAAAUGAGUAGCAGUGGAUUUGGCAGCAGUCGCAGCUUGCUCCAGGGCCGGCGUUUCUACUGCCGGGAAUGGGCCUUGGAAAAGCUGCGGCACUGCCUGGACACCCGCUCCGUGCCAGGACACCCACCGGGGGUGCUGGUCAUGGGGGGCCCCGGGGCGGGGAAAACCGCCCUUUGCACUGAGGUGGUGUGGCCCACCUCUAAGUCAGGCCUGGCGGUCGGGCUGGCACCGCGCUGCCUGGCCUCCCAUUUCUGCCAGAGAGAGGACCAGAGCAGUACAGUGCUGUGGAGGUUUGUCCUGGGCCUGGUGGAGCAGCUGGUGGCCUCACCUCUCCUCUCUCCUGGUUACAGAGAGAUCCUCAAAAGUCCAUCUAUAUCCUCUGCUAUGGAGCCUCUCACCUGCCAGAGAGACCCUGAUGCCACAUUCAAGAGAGCAGUGUUAGCACCCCUGUUAGACCUCCCUCCUCCUGCCCAGACUCUGAUGGUGGUGGUGGAUUCCCUGGACGUAGGAUAUGGGACAAGUGAAGGAAAUGGGAAGAGUGGCUCCAUUGCAGAGCUCCUGGCUGCCAAUCAACACCUGCUUCCCGGCUGGCUGCUGCUGGUUUGCUCUGUGCGGCGCCACAACAAGGCUGUGUGCAAGAUGUUCUCAGGUUUCCGUAAGCUCUGUUUGGAUGAUCUGCGGAAGCCCCCACCAGUCCGUGAUGUGCAGCAGUACAUUCUCUGCCGGCUGGACGAAGAAGCGGCACUUCGCCGUCAGCUCACCCCUGACACGGCUGAUAUGCUGAAUCUACUGCACAUUAAGAGCGGCGGCUGCUUGCUAUUUCUUGAACGUGUGCUGGAUGGUGUGGCAGGUGCACUGGUGGGUCUCAGGGAGAUCCGGGACAUCCCUGGGACUCUCAAUGGCCUCUACUUGUGGUUAUGCCAGAGACUGUUCCCUCGGGGGCUUUUUGUCUAUGUAAGGCCUCUUCUCAAUGUCCUCUUGGCUUCCCCGAGGCCCCUCACACCUCAACAGCUGUUCACAGCAGUUUGGACUCAUGACACUUUGCUCAGUGUUCAGGACUUCCAUAGCAAGCUUCGAACUCUCUCUCCUCUCCUGAUUGAUGGUCCUGGGGGCACCAAACUACUUUUUCAUGCCAGCUUUGCUGAGUGGCUCACAGAUGUUAAGUAUUGCACACAGAAGUACCUGUGUAGCAGAACAGAGGGUCACAGCAUGCAUGCCAUGGCUCUCACUUUGCAGGGACCCCACCUGGACAUUGAGGACACUUGCCAGCUAGCCACACAUUUGGUUUGGUCAGGUCACCAUAAAAAUAACCCCUCAUUAUUGGCACUGUGGAUGCUGUGGAUAGGUGUGCCUGCUUUUACUCCUAGCGACAGUAGUGCCCUCAUUACAUCCUUAAAGCAUCCCCCUGUUCUGGUCAGUCAGGAAGUGCUUCAGUUAUUAAUGUGGAGUGGACUUGUCCCUGCAGAGUUUUUUUCAGAUGCAAACCCAAGGGCGCAGACCCAAGUACAUUGUAUAAGUGAAGAGGAAACUAAUUUACGACAGGCAUUUGAAAUGGAAGUGUCUGUGAAGAAUCUACUAGAAAGUGGGGUGUCUGUAAACCAGUCUGGUUCAACAAAUGGACAGUCCUUACUUGCCAGUGCAGCCCACGAGGGUUCUGCAAAUGUAGCUGAACUUCUCUUGACACAUGGAUCUGAUCCACUGGAGAGUGAUCAUCAGGGUCAAACACCCCUGACUUUGGCUUCCAGGCAGGGUCAUGUCAAAGUGUUAAGUGUACUUCUGGAAUGGGCCAAGACCCAGGAGCCACAAACGGCGGUGCAGAUGAUGGAGCAUGUUGACAGUGAAGGCUGGACAGCACUGCGCUCUGCAGCUUGGGGAGGACACAGCGAGGCUGUCCGACUUCUGCUGGAUGCCGGAGCAGAUGUGGAUGGAUGUGACAGUGAGGGCCGGACUGCUCUUCGAGCAGCUGCGUGGGGGGGUCAUGAGGAAAUAGUCCUGACAUUGCUAGACUAUGGGGCACAGGUUGACAAAGCAGACAGCAAAGGCCGCACGCCACUAAUUGCUGCUGCCUAUAUGGGACAUCAUGAAACUGUGGAAAUUUUGCUGGACCACAAUGCAGACGUUGACUUAGGUGAUGGAGAUGGGCGCACUGCUCUGUCAGUCGCUGCUCUCUGUGUCCCUAGAGCAGCUGGGGUUAAAGGUUAUGGUGAGGUAGUGAGUCUGUUGCUGGAGCGUGGAGCUGAUCCGGGACACAGAGACCAUGAUGGAAUGACACCACUGCUUCUUGCAGCUUAUGAGGGCCAUGACGACGUAGUGGAGCUUUUGUUAGAAGCUGGUGCUGAUGUAGAUGAGACUGCUGGCCCUGAUGGCAAUGCCCCUGCUGCAGCUGCUGUUACUCCCCUGCUGGCAGCUGCAGCAAUGGGCCACAUGAACACAGUGUCACGACUCCUUUUCUGGGGAGCAGCUGUAGAUGCUAUUGAUAGUGAAGGUAGGACGGCACUCUGCCUGUCAGCAGCAAGAGGCAGCUUGGAAGUUGUCCGUGCCCUGCUGGACAGAGGCCUGGAUGAGAACCACAAGGAUGAUCUCGGCUGGACUCCACUGCACGCUGCUGCCUGUGAAGGUCAUCGAGCUGUGUGUGCUGCUUUGACAGAACGAGGUAGCAUGGCACGUGUCGGAGAGAUGGACAUUGAAGGACGUACCCCUCUUAUACUGGCUGCCCAGGAAGGUCACUGGAGCACUGUCAGGUUGCUGUUGGACCGUCGUUCUCCUAUUGACCACAGGGCGUAUGAUGGACACUCUGCCUUGAGUGCUGCCCUCUUAGAGGGCCAUGCUGAAGUUGCAGAGUUGCUUAUGAGGCGAGGAGCUGAUACUGAUGUUCGUGAUGCAGAGGGAAGGCCCCUACUCUAUCUUCUGGUGCUGGAAGGUCGCCUUGAAAUGACUGUUCUCCUUAUAGAGAAAGGAGGUGUGCCCCUGGAGUCCCGAGACUCUGAGGGCCGUACAGCGCUUCAUGUGGCUUCCUGGCAGGGAUGUGUGGAGAUGGUUGACCUACUUUUAAAGCAUGGAGCAAACCCCAAUGCACAGGAUUCAGAGGGGAGACCACCAAUGCAUUCAGUGGCUUGGACAGGACAUGCUGAAGUAGGACGUCAUCUCCUAGAAGGCAGUGGUGUCAAUAUAGACCUUGCCUGUUACCAGGGGGCAACAGCCCUGAGCAUCGCUGCUCAGGAGGGACAUGCUAAUAUUGUUGCGAUGCUUCUAGAAAGAGGUGCAAAUCCUGAUCACGUGGAUAAAUAUGGUCGUACUCCAGUCAAAGUGGCUGGGAAACAUGGGCACUUUAACAUUGUCAGGCUCUUGGAGAGCUACGGAGCUAAGCCAUAUAUAGGCCUGUUGCCUAAUUCCAGUACUUUUUCCCCUGCAAAACCCACAAAGAUCCUCUCCUCGGGCAUCUCAGAGAGUAAUGGAGGUGAAGUGACAGCCACUACCUCCUCGUCUUCAGUAUCUUCUCCCGGUUCCACUGCAGAACGAUUCCACUCCAUGCAGAGCUCCCAAACCUCAUCUACCUGUCAUUCGCUGGCCACAGUGCAGACAGUUCCAGCUGACAGCCUCAGUUUUAUUCAGCAGAUCCAACAGCACUCACUGCCCCGCAGUCGUAGCCGUCCCUCCACCCUUCCCCCACCAGGGAGCACAGGCAUGGGCAGCCUCCAUGGAAGCAGCCAGAGGCAUCCCAAAGGCAGCCCUCCUCCCACCGUUUGCAUGGUCAAUGCCAUGGUGCACAACUGUGAACUGCCUCAGAAAGGCUUGUCAUCUGGACUUGAAUAUAAUGACAAAAUGACUAAACAAAACUCUAACUUAGGAAAAGCAGACAAAACUACUUAUGCUGCUGGUAAAUGGAAUUCUGUCAUGGCUUCCCUUGGGAUCAUGCCAGGGCAAGAUGGCCCUGCAGUAGGUGCUAAAAACAGAGAGAGUCCUCCUCUGGGUUACCCAUAUAGGCUACAGAGCCCACUUCAAGGGGAUGCUUGGAAUUCUGUCCCCCAGAAGAACGUUUUGUCACCUGCCAGCUACAGUUUUACCCCAGUCCCACCUUGUAGUGCCUUGCCGGAGGAUGUUAUGGUCACCAUGACAACCACAGACCCACAGCUUAAUCUGAAACAGGCCAUCAAGCUGCAGUUUGAGGGUCCCACCAGUGCAGCCUUAUACAAAAGAGAAACACCCUUGUAACUGGUGCUUCAGUACAUGACCAAACCUUCUUCACAAACUGUCUUUCAAUUUGUUACACUAUGGGAGUUACUGGUGAAGCAACUAGUUUAUUGGCAAUAAAUAACAGUAAUUGGAGAAAGUAAUUUAUUAAUCAUGAGAUCAAGUUGUUAAUAUGUUGGGAUUUAGUCAGUUAAUUAGAGAAAAUGAUGACAGCUUGAUUGAUAGUGGGAGCAUUCACAUAAAUUUAUAUUACAGUGACAAUUUCUUGGUCUUAGGGGGUGUUGGACAGAUGUGGAGAAGGUGGUUUUCACAGUGUACAUUAACUGGGUUUGGAUGAAAUGUGAGGAAGUGAUUCCUUUCUCCACCCCUCUUCAGAAAAACAGAGGAAAAACAAACUGAAUGACAUGAAAGCUUACAUUCCUGCCUUUCCGUUGCCUGUUGUGUGUGUUGAGCAGGGCUCUCACAGACAAGAUCAUGCUUAUUCAUUUUAAGUGUAAAACAUAAUGCUGUUCAUUUUCAACUUAGACUUUAUUUUUAUGUUGUGUUGGUGACUUUUUUGUGCUGCAGUGAAUAACUUUUUUUAUUGUGGAACACAAGGUUGGGUUAAAUUAUUAUUAUUAUUUUUUUUUUUUUAGUAAAGAUCCCUUUUUAAGCAGUAAGCAACCUUGUUUAAGAGCUUUAAGCUUGUGGCCUUGAUCUUUAUUGAAGCCUUUGAUAUUUACUAUAAACUGGUCUUCAUCCCCCAUAGGUCCAUCAUUGACAAACAAGAACAGUUUGCAGAAAAGCAAGCCUACCAAACCUUGACCCAGUGUGGAGUUUAUGAUGCAAAAGACAUAAAAGACAGCCAAGUUUACUGAACCAACUUGGCUUGCUCACAGUGUGCCUGUGAGCAGGCAGGAAGGAAAGUGAAAAUUGGACCAUUAAAAACUGUGGGUGGAUGUGGGAGGGUUUUUUAUUCCAAACUCACAUGUGGCCCAAAGAAAUGUCUUGUUCUUUGUCAUUUUUUCAUUGGUUUAAUAUUUAAAUACAUUUAUUCAUUAAAGUGGCAAACAAUGCCAUGAAAUGUCUCUGCCUCUGCUUAUUUGUGAAUGUGUAUUUGUGUUUAAAUGUUUUAUUUCAUGCACUUUACAACUAAAUGUCACGGAUAAGCCUCUGUGGGAGCAGCAUCAUGCAGAGAUGAAAGUAUGGCAGCAGACUGAUGGUGGCCAGCUGAGGUUCCAAAACCAAGUGCUGUUGGACAGUUUUGAAAAUGGAAAAAGGAGGACCCUACAGAAAGGUCCUGUAGUGGUUUAUUCUCAGUUUUUCUAAUAUGUAGUAUCUAUGAAAUGCUUUAGGUAUUUGGUUUGGGGGACUACAUUUCUGAACUGUAUGUCAUGUCAUUAUAAAGUCUUUUGUCAACAUUUGCCCCGAUGAAGGUCUACUCCCUGAUAGGCUUGAUUAUUUGAUACUUGUUUUG